AUGAGGCUAGGAGCAGCUAUGGGCGCCUCAGCUACGCAUUGUGGUCGGGUAGUUCUAAGCAAACGGCUGAAAAACGGUGGGGGUAAUUCUCAGCGAGCGCUGCUCGCAGAACAUGAGAUGGUCUACUUUCAAGUAAAAACACUAGCAAGUACAUAG